AUGCAGAUAUCGAACCUCGGAAACCCCACCCACUCACUUUCGCUCCUACAUUUCCUUGCUCUCCCUCCUCUCGCUCCUUUCCAUUCCGCUCCCUCUCUUUAUUCGCCUCUUCCCGUAGCCCGUCCUUACCAUCGUCCUCUUAGCCUUCCCGUACCCUUCUGCCACUCCGCCGCUAAUCUACCGCUGGUUUCUUUCGCCAGCCUUCCGCCAAUUUUCCGCCGGUCUUCCGCCGAUCCCCCGCCCAGUCCGCCGCCAGGCGCCAUGAGUGCGGAGGAGCUGCAGCCGCCGCGCGUGCUGCCGACGGUGCCGGAGACGGUGCUGAAGAAGCGGAAGAAGGACGAGCAAUUCGCGGCGGAGAAGCGUGAGCAAUUCCUGCAGAAGCACGCGCACCGCGGGAAGCGCGGAAAGGCGGAGAAGCGCUUCAAGCGCCCAGAGGACUUUGUGCUCGCGUUCCGCCGGAGGGAGCGCGAUGCUAAGCGCGUGCGCGCGGACCGGGUGGUGGGGCGGCGGGUGCAGCUGAAGCCUGUGGUGGCGGGCGGGGGGAGCGCGGCGCAGCGGAGGCUGGCGCGGCGGAAGCUGAAGGCGGCGCAGAAAGCGGCGGAGCGGAUAAGCGCGGGGAAGGGGGAGGACAAGGGGGGCGUUUUGGCGGGGACGAACCUGAAGCUGCUGUUUGCCGUGCGGAUCCGCGGGGUGCAACACGAAAUGACGAAGCAGUCGCGGAGUAUACUCAAGAUGCUCCGACUUACAGAGCUCAACUCGGGCGUCUUCCUCCGCGCCACGGACCGCACGGCGCAAAUGCUGCAACUCGUCGAGCCCUACGUCACCUUUGGAUUCCCCAACCUUUCAUCAGCGCGCGCGCUCAUAUUGAAGCGAGGCGUGGGCGCACUUCCCUGCCUCCCCCUCCCCCCUUACCCUCCUUCCCCCAUCUUCCCGCAUCAACCCCCUGUAUACUCCCAACCCCCCCUCAGGUUCCCCAACCUGUCAUCAGUGCGCGCGCUCAUAAUGAAACGAGGCGUGGCACGCAUACGGCAGCAAGAGGAGGGGGAAGGUGACGACGAGGGGGAGGAAGGCGAAGAGGGGGAAGACGCAGGGGAAGGGGAGGAGCAAGCGGAGGGGGAUGAGGAAGCCGAGGGGGACGAGGGAGGGGAGGGAGAGACCAAAGAGGUGGAAGCAAGGGAGGGGGGAGCAGCAGAAGGGGCAGGGGGGAGUGGGGCGAUGGUGGUGGGAGAGCCUAGAAAGCCGGAGGCGAUGGUGGGGUGGACGGGGCCGGUAAAUCCAGAGGAGGAGGCCAAGGGGUGGCGGCGAGUGCCGCUCACGGACAACGCUAUUGUAGAACAGGCGGAGGCGAUGGUGGGGUGGAUGGGGCCGGUGGAUGCAGCAGAGGAGGCCAAGGGGUGGAGGCGAGUGCCCCUCACUGACAACGCUAUUGUAGAACAGGCACUAGGCAGCACAGGCAUCAUCUGUAUCGAGGAUUUGAUUCACGAGAUCGCUACAGUGGGGCCGCACUUCCUGCAAGUGACUGGCUUUCUUUGGCCUUUCCGCCUCGCUGCUCCCAGGGGCAAGUUCAGCAAGGCCGGUUGGUUCAACAAGGGAGGGGAGGCUGGGAAUAGGGGAGUUGAGAUCAAUGAGCUCAUUCGCCAAAUGGCAUGA